AGCCGCGCCACCCCGCGAGGGCGUGCCGGGGCGUGGCGCGUGGGCUCCGCGCCCGCGGUGCCCCCCCCCCCCCCUCUCCGCGGGAGCGGAAGCGCGCGCGCGCGCCUGGGCAGCCGUCGGGCCCAAUGGCGGGGACCUUCGGCGGCGGCCAGCUGGCCGUGGACGAGUAUGGGAACCCGUUCAUCAUCAUGGAGGAGCAGGCGAAGAAGAAGCGGCUCACCGGCAUCGAUGCACACAAGGCUAAUAUCCUGGCGGCCAAGGCCAUCGCGGAGACGGUCCGGACCUCCAUGGGCCCCAAGGGGAUGGACAAGUGCGUGGUCAGCGGCGACGGCGACGUGCUGGUGACCAACGACGGCGCCACGAUCCUCGAGAAGAUGGACGUGUCCCACCACGUCGCGAAGCUCCUGGUGGAGCUCUCCAAGUCCCAGGACGCCGAGAUCGGCGACGGCACCACGGGCAUCGUGGUCAUGGCGGGGGCCAUGCUGGAGCAGGCCAUGGACCUCAUCGAGAAGGGCAUCCACCCGCUCCGCAUCGCCCACGGCUACGAGAAGGCCUGCGAGGUGGCCGUGCAGCGCGUGCAGGCCAUCGCGAAGGUGAUCGACCUGCAGGCCGACGAGCAGGCGGCCCUCUGCAAGGCCGCGUGCACCGCCCUCGGCUCCAAGGUGGUCAGCGGGCGCAAGGACGGCCGCGCGGUCAUGCUCGCGGGCUUCGUGGCUGUUUCUGAGGCGGACGAGCCACGUCGAUGCACAAGCAGCGCUGUGAGCUGGCAGGUCGCCGAGGAGGCGGCCCUCAUGCAGCUGCCGCGGCGGAGCGGGCGGGCCGCGGGCGCCGGCGGAGGAGGCAACGCGAGCUCGUGCGCGGAGGAGAACGAGCCGGCCGACAAGGUGCCCUGCUGCCGGGGCUGUCGGAUGGGGAUCGGGAAGCCAGGGAUGGAGGAGGCCGGCUUCUUCUGCCACCGGGGCGACGGCUUCCGGGGCCCCGCCUACAUAUGGGCGGCGUGCGAAGACCUCAACGAGACGUACUUCGGUCAAACGUGUGGCCAGUGGGGGUCAUCCACUUGCGCUGUCUCCGCGGGUAUGAAUGCGGUCUGCCCUGUCACAUGCGGACACUGUACACAAGGAGAGAUGCAUUGGAGCUCGAAGGCGGCGUGGCGAGCCCUCUACCCGCAAAAAUGA